AUGUUUCGACUUGAGAAUGUGAUGUUCGAUGAGAGAGAGGUGUUGUGGUGUGUCAAGCUAACAUUGUGUAAUGAAGAUGAUCAAGAUAUCAAGGAGAUGUAUGCGUAUCAGAAGAAGAGUGUUGGUGGUGGAGAUGAACAAGCCAGUCUCGUCUCACUUGGUCUAAUUCUGUUCGAAAUGGGUGAAUAUGAGAAAGCGAAACAAUACUACACUCGUGUAUUGGAUGAGUUGAGCGAUGAUGAUAUAAAUGUUGCUCUGUGUCAUCAGAGACUCGGCGAAGUAAGUGCAUCACAAGGAGAAUAUGAUGUUGCACUCGAUCAUUUGAAUGAAGCCGUGAAACUGUACAAGAAGUUUCAACAUGCACAUGACACACUAGACAUUGCUUACUGUUACUUCUGGAUAGGCGCAGUGCACGAGUACAAAGAAGAAUAUGAAACAGCGCUUUCUUACUUGAACAAAGAUUUCGCUAUAAAACAAGCGAAGCUUCCUGCUGAUCAUGUUCAAACUGCCAUGACUCUACGUCAAAUUGGUGCUGUUCACUAUCGGCAAAGAGAUUAUGAUUCUGCCUUGUCUUAUCAUCAGCGUGCUCUUGUCAUGUACCAGAAGGUGUUGCCCCCGACUCACUUUUACAUAUCAGGUAGUCUGACAGAGACUGGCCAUGUGUAUUUCGGCAAGAAAGAGUACGAUCGAGCUCUUGUUUAUUACAAUCAAAGUCUUCAGGUGGAGCGAAAGUCACUUCCACCCGAUCAUCCGAAUGUAGCUACUACUUACCAUUCGAUCGGUUCAUCUCAAGAGAUUUGUAUAGAAGCUGCUGCAUCGCAGAGUCAGCCAGAAGGAUUUCGAUAA